UGACUAUACGAGAUUGUGGUUCCAACUAUACUGGACGCGGCGAUUGCGUUGCGAUAGGGGUGGAAUGCAAGAAAAUGAAGUUGUGCUGAAGCAUUGGCGCAGGUUAGAGAGUCCAAGAUGGUUCACACUGUUCGCAGAGCUCCUUUCUCCUACGGCUGCCCUGAUAGAUGCUGGGCGUAAAGUCCUAUUAAUUGUUAUUAGUAAGCUGUAUUAACCUUAAAUCGAACCAAAUCAUACUAUUACAAUCGCCGCUUCAUUGCGACAGCAAGUGGAAUGUGUUUUUCAUGUUGAACCAUUUUCUCAUCUCCCGCCAGACGUUUCGUAGAGCAGUGCUGCACGUGGGCCGCGUGCAACAGUGCGUAAAACGCACACCAGAUGGCGCUAGUUGUCCAUCGCGCGCUGCUUGUGCUGCCGAGAAGUUCCCACCCCGCUUCUCGACACAAUUUAAAUCGUCCGCUGCAGAGUCAGGAGUGCGACGCGCAGACUCGGGCAACGCGCUUUGACUUAGCACUUACGGAGUCAUGCGCGACGUUUCGGAUAAGUUCUUCCUUGUCGCUGUCGUCCUCCUGGCACACGCCCGAGGCUCCGGGCUUCCUCCGAAGGUUUUCGAAUUCACAUUCCCACCGGAGGUAGCGCUGGGCGACGAAAUUCUCGCCGGAUGUGUGGUCAAGAAAGGAACGUUGGGACCGUACUCAAUUGUGUGGCAGAAGGACGGCAGAGAACUCGAAAGCGGCGACCGCGUGUUGGUAUCCGGCCAGUCCAAGACCAGCGCCGCCCUGCGAAUCGCGGCAGUUCGUCCCGAGGACGUCGGCAACUACACCUGCGUGGCGAGAAACUCGUUCGGCAGCGACAGCUUUACGGCACUGCUGGUUGUCCACGGUAAUGGUUGUCCCUCUCAUACUUUCGUGUUCUUCAUUGUCAUCCGCCCAACACGUAGCAGGAAACUGGAAACGCCAUUCGGUUCGCAGACCUGGUAUUGA